AAGCAGUGCAGGCCCCGCUGCUGUCACUCACUCGUCCUUCCUUCUUUGCGGCCUCGGAAUAUCUCUUGCCUUUCUCCGAGGUCAUUUCCCUUAAUUCCCCUAUCCUCUCUUUUUUAUUUUCUGAUUUCUUCUCAGAAUAGCCGACUCGCACUGCCGGGAUUAUCUGCCUGUCGCGAUAGGAUGCUCUUAUUCGUGGAGGUUGCAUCUAAAGGUGCUGGUUUGAACCCAAAUGCAAAAGUAUGGCAGGAAAUUCCACAAGAAAGCACUGAAGUAAAUUCCACUUCGAAUGGCUUUGAUGAUUCUUGGGAAGAAGCAGCAGCCACAACAGCUCCUGUAGAAGGUGAUUUAGAAAAUUUGAGUGAAUCUUGUAAGCAGUUUGAAGUAAUGUAUUCCCCUCCUAGUGAAGUAAAUAGAAAUGAUAUCCAUUUAGAAGAAUCUGCUAAUGGAAUGGACCUCCUUGUACAAGAACAACUUGGGUACCAAAUUGUUGAUUCUUCUGGCUGUCUACCGAUACCGAAGAUGGAGGUGACCAGUGGCGGUGAGGGAGAGAACAAAGCUGUGUGGGAGGCAUCAGGGAGUGGAGAUGGCACUUCCACAGCUGCACCAUCUAUCUCUGCAGAAGACCUUAAAGAGUGUCUGAAGAAACAACUUGAAUUCUGUUUUUCGAGAGAGAACCUUUCAAAAGACCUUUAUUUAAUGUCCCAAAUGGAUAGUGAUCAGUUUGUUCCUAUUUGGACCAUUGCAAAUAUGGAUGGAAUCAAGAAACUGACUGCUGACAUGGACCUUAUUGUGGAAGUAUUACGAUCUACACCUGUUGUUCAAGUGGAUGAAAAAGGAGAGAAAGUGAGACCAAAUCAUAAACGAUGUAUUAUUAUUCUACGUGAGAUCCCUGAAAGUACGCCUCUAGAGGAAGUCAAAGCACUAUUUGAUCAUGAAAACUGUCCCAAAGUAUUAAGUUGUGAAUUUGCACACAACAACAACUGGUAUGUUACAUUCCAGUCAGAUACUGAUGCUCACAGUCCUCAAGCAUUCAAAUAUCUAAGGGAAGAAGUGAAAACCUUUCAGGGCAAGCCGAUAAUGGCAAGGAUAAAAGCCAUCAACACAUUCUUUGCUAAGAACGGAUAUCGAACAGUUGAUUCUAGUGUCUAUACCCAGCCUGUUCAGACCCAAACACAGUUUGCCUCUCCACUCUUUAUGCAGCCUGUAUAUAAUCCUCAUCAACAAUACUCUAUUUAUAAUAUUGUGCCUCAGACCUGGUCUCCAAGCCCAGCACCUUACUUUGAGACUCCAUUGGCUCCAUUUCCGAAUGGCGGAUUUGUUAAUGGUUUUAAUUCAUCAGGAUCUUAUAAAACAAAUGCUGCUUCAUUAAGUAUAGGUCGGCCAUUCCAUAGAAACCGAGUAAAACCUCAAUUUCGAACAUCUACAAACACUUCAGAUCGGACAGUGGAUAGUAGCACUACAGUGAGUCCAGUAGCAUUAACCGAUGUUACUAUAAACAGAACAAACUCAAGAAGCUUUCAAAAUGAGCGGCAUGCUACUUCAUUAUUAGGACACCAAGACCAAGUUUUUUCUCCUAAAGAUGCGCAGUCACUACAUAUGGAUCAGAAUGGUAUAGAUUUGGCUGGUCGGGGCAGGAGAAAUGCAUUUAGAGGUCGAAGACGGAGAGAUGAUGAUCGAAAUGCUCGCCCCCUGGGUUCAACUGAAGUAGUGACACACACCCCAAAAUUUGACUUAUUGGCAUCUAACUUUCCUCCAUUACCCGGAAGUAUAGCAAGCACACCAGGAGAACCUGUUCUUGAAAGCAGAAUGGCUGAUGUUGUUAAAGGACUUUCCAAAGAAAAGGAGAAUAAAGAAAUUUCUUUAAUACCUGCUCAGGAAGAACAUGCAAAAACUACAGUACAACAGACUUUGAUGAAUACAUCUCACCCUACCCCUACAGCAGAUGGCUCUUUAUCGCAACCAUCAAGCAAUGCAGCACUUCAUGAAAAGAAUGCAGCUGAACUAUCAUGCCAUAAAGAUGUUGCAAGCCAGACUUCUGUAGUGCUGCCUGUAUGUACACCAACUGUAAAAUCACCUAAAUCUACCACUGCUUCCACAUUGGCUAGUGUACCUACUGGAGUAAACACGCUGGAACCCAGGAAACUAAGUUAUGCUGAAGUAUGUCAGAAGCCGCCUAAAGAGCAAACUCAAGUUCCUGUACAGCCACUUCGUGAACUACGUUCAAAUAUCACAACCCCUGCCAAAAAUGAAGAAAACUGUAUUCCUGAGAAAAGCCUUGAAAAGUCCCAUGAAAAACUUGAUGGGAAGGCAAAAGAUCCUCCUGUGCAUCGCAGCAAUGGCACACAAAGAGGUGGUGCAGGGAAAAUCAGGGAACAGAGACGCCAGUAUGGACGCAGGUCUUCACCUCAGGGAACUAAGCGUAAUGGCAAGGAGCAAUAUGUGCCACCAAGAUCACCAAAGUAAAAACUUAUUGUAUUUAAAACUGGACUUAAGUGCAGGAGUUGAGACAGACUAUAUCUGAAAUAUUCAGAAGCUCUAUGCAUUGACUGUACAAAGUAUAGCGAAUGCAAAUUCAAAAUUCAUCUCCUGUGAAACUGCGAAGAGGUGGAAAGCUCCAAUUGUGAUUAUGUGAUUAAGAUUUGUUGGAGUUUUGUUUGUUUUUGUCUUUCUUCCCCCCCCCCCCUUCCAUAUUUUUUUUUUAUUAUUAUUUAAAAAUAUAUAACUUUUUAAGUUGUGGGGGUUUCCUGUCUGCUAACAGUUUCAGAUUGUGAUAAACUGUGUACGACAGAAAGGUAAACAAAAAAGAAUAUUUUUGGAAAAUAAUUGAAAAAAAAAAUAUAUAUAUAUAUAGAAAUUACACUUUUUUAAAUCUCUUUCAGUUUUUGCUGAUAAUAUAUGUAUGCCAUUUGGGCCCUGAAAGUAGAAACCAUGGAUUUAAUCUGCAGUCUGUGUAUUUUAAAAGAAUUGUGGCCCAGUCAAAGUUUGUGAUGGAUUAUAACAAGGAUGUUAUAUAGUAUACAUUUCUAUCUAUCUUGAGAUUAGGUUUGCCCUUUGAUCUCACUAAGCUUAACUUUGAUUUUUUCUUUUCGUUAAUACUUCAGAAUGAAAUGAACUAAAAAAUUAAAAAAGCUUAGUUAAAGCAAGGACCUGAGUUUCUGAAGAAAAAAAUCACAAAAAGCAAGCUUUGUUUAUUAUUGGACAUUUAUUUGUUAUUCCUUGUUCCGACAUCUGGCAUUUCUCUUUUGCUUCGUUUAAUGAUCUAAUCUGCAAAUGCAGGUUGUGUAUGUAAUAUGUAAGUAUUUUUUGAGAAAGGGCUAUGCAUAACUGACCUAUGAUUUCACAUGGUUAAUUAAUUUUCUCAUUGGAAUGGUGGAAUGGUAUAUAAUGUUAAUAUAGGUAUCCUAUAUCAGUGAAAAACUUAACGCCUUUGCUACAUACUUUUGCUAAAGCAAUAUGAUUUUUGUUUUCCCAAUCAGAUGGCUGUGGCCUUUUUUUUCCUCCUUGUAAGAAUGCUUAAUGUAUUCCUCUUUUUUAUUGUUUCUUUAAACGGGGCCUAUUUAGAAGCUAGAAAUAGGUGCGCUAUACAAUCUUUGUCAACACAUGGGGUUAGCAGGUUUAGCAUUACUCUCCAACUUCUUGUGCUAAUCAUAUGUUCCAUUCUGUCAGAACUUCUUAGAAAAGAAACUCUUUGAGGUGUUAUGCCCUGUGGUGCUUUAAAGUUCUGUCUUGUGUUUUAUGUAUGUAUAUGUAUAUGUGUGUGUGUUAUGGGUAAAGUCUGAAAUCCGGGUAAUCCUAAGAUUACUUGGGCAAAGCUGACAUUACCCAAGCGCUCUGGGAAAAGCUUGAAGUAAUGUAAUUCCACCAUCUACACUAUUUUUAUUUUUUUUGCCUCUACCUGGGGAGUUGAAGGAAGGCGCCCUGCUGAUCCUCUGGCAUCCACCCCAAGUGCCCCCUUUGAACGCCCCCCCCCCCCCUCAGACGGAGGCAAAAAAGAUAGUGAAGAUGUGUGCAUUACAGUGCAUCGUAUAUAUGUUGUGAUAAGGUGAUUCGAUGCACUCUGAGAUCUAUCAUUCUACAUAGGGCUUUACCCACAGCCGUUUGGGUAAUGUCAGCUUUACCUGGGUAAUGCUAGAAUUACCCAAUUUCGGACUUUACUCGCAAUCUAUUAAUUUUUUUAUUUGGAUAGUCAGAUCAUCACAGUUUCAACGUUGCGUAACUUGUCAAGGAUUUUCAGACUAUUUUUGCUCAUCAGCUUGCAUGCAAUCAAAGUGCAAGCAGAGGAGAGGACCUGUUUGUGUCAUUCAAGAAUAGUGGGACCUCAUUCUUAAUAUUGAAAAGGUGUAAUAUGGCAUCUUCAAAAAUAAUUUAGGGCCUCUGAUGCAGGACUUUAAACCUUCAUUUGAGAAAUAGUACUUGAGUAUUUCUAUAACAAUUGUACAAUGUAUUUUUUUUUUUAUAGAUGUAAAAAAUAAAUUUUCAUUGAUUGUGACUUGAAGAAA